AUGGCUCCCUCAGCUCCAGCGACGGCCAGUGCUUCACCGGCCAAGAAGACAUCCGCCCCCGAGAAGAAGUACAAGUGCCAAUUUUGCAACCGCGCCUUCAGUCGAAGUGAACAUCGUAGUCGCCAUGAACGCUCACAUACCAAAGAGCGCCCCUUCAAGUGUCUGAAGUGUCGGAGCACUUUUGUUCGUCGCGACCUGCUUCUGCGCCAUGAUCGCACCGUGCAUGCCAAGGAUGGCGGUAUCCCAUUGGUCGCCGAAGGUCGCAGACGUGGUGGAAAUGCUGGCGUGCAGAAAUCGUCCUCGGCGGGCCCCUCCAAGCCCUCCAUCACGAUCGAUCCAGCCAGCCUGGAGCAGAUUGAGGCAAGCAGCGACGGUAUGGUCGACCUUGAAACCGCAGCCAUGUUGAUGACAGACUUCCAACACAAGGCUGCAGCAGCGGCGACCGGUCAAGUUUCCGAGCGCUCCGAGUCCCUGUCCCCCGGUCAAGCAUCCUUUGACCCGUACCUGUCCGGCAAUGCCACCCUGCCCCAGAUGCCCUGGGAUACUCUUGUCUCCCCUGCGGAAUCGAGUGCGAUGCCCCCGUUAAUCGACCGCCACGGCCCCGUUGGUGACGUGCUCCUCUCCCACUCGCUGUCCAUGUCCGGCAAUUCCACCCCGAACGCCUUGUCUCCCUACCCCUCAAUGACCGGUCCCGUCAGCCCCGUCAACUAUCGCCGCUCUCCGGGACCUAGCCAGGCUUUGACUUUGCCCAAGGCUCCUAAGAUCGCCAGCGAAAUGGAGCGUAAUGUGGUGAUUGAAAGCGUGCGCAAGGCCGAUGCCUUGGGUGCCCUUCCCGAAAACUUCCAGAUGCCCGCCAUCGCGGCUUUGAAUCAGUACCUCUCGACGUACUUCAAUCUGUAUCAUCCCCACCUGCCGUUCCUUCAUCAGCAGUCAUUCCAUCCCACAUCGGCGCCUACUCCCUUGCUCCUCGCUGUGCUGUCCAUCGGGGCUCUGUACACCUUCGAACGCGAUCAUGCCUUCAUGCUCCACGUCGGCUCCAAGGUCCUAGUCAACCAAUUCUUGCAGCACAAGGAGAACUUCGAUUCUCGCAAGUGCCCCCUCUGGCUGAUGCAGAGCACCCUGCUCAACAUGGUCUUUGAAAGCUGGAGUGGCGACCCCAAGGGCCUUGAGUGGACUUGUUCGAUCAAGAGUCUGCUAGCCAACAUGGUGGCCGGCAACCGAUACCAGCUCAAGCUGCGCACUGAGGCUCGCCAGGGUACCCAGCCGUCUCGCGAUGACUGGAUCGAGGAAGAAUCCUGCCGUCGUACCUACUUUGCCGUCUACAUCUUCUUUGGGAUGCUCACCUUGACCUUCAAUCACACGCCCGCCAUGAGCUUUGACGAAUUCGAUAACUUGGAACUGCCCUCGUCGGAGUCCCUCUGGAACAUGGAAGCCGCGGACGAUGAGACCUGGCGCCGUAGCAUUGCCGCCGCCAGCUCGAUGACCGUUCGUGAGGCUCACGACUUCUUGUUCCAGGGCGAGCAGACUCGCUACAGCGCCUUUGCUACCCGGGUCCUGAUCAACGCUUUGUUCCUCCAAGUGUGGAACCACAAGCGUAGCUUUGAGGCGCUCCAGGACGUCGUCACCGAAUACAAGCUUCGACUGGCGUUGGAGACCUGGGAGAACUCCUUGGAGGUGUGUGAGCCCGAGACGAUCGUUGUCCCGCUCAGCACUCCCCAAAAAGGUCAUCCUCUCAUCUUCAACUCCAUGGCUGUCUAUCGCAACACUCGCGCUCGCCUGGAAGUCGACUUAAAGUCCAUCCAGGAAGCCAUGCGAUACCACUCAUCCUAUGAGGUGGCCGCCGCCAUGACUGUCGCCCGUGAGAAGGUCAAGCGCUCGCAGGAAAUGAACAAGGUUGUGCAACAAUGCUUUGAGUGCAUGGAGAUUGCUGCGAUCCAGGGCAUUAACUGGGUGGCCAAAACUUCUGCCACCAACUGGAGCGUUGAGCAUCCCCUUUGCGGCCUGGACCUGAUGGUUAUCCUGAGUCUCUGGCUCUAUCGCCUGGAACAUGACGACGAGCCAGCGACUGAGGCUGAAUUGGCCAUCUACAAUAAGGUCCGCAACCUAUUUGACGACGAUGCCAUCGAUGCCUUUGGUAAACUCAGCUCCACCGUCGCCCGUGUUUGGGGUAAUAUCCUUGACGGGGUAGUUGUCUGGGGAAUCACUAAGUUGAUGGGCGAAUCUUUCAAGCUUCACUCUCAGGCACUCGUUGGUUACGAGGAUUCCCUGCGCGUCGGCAAAGAUCAACCUAUCCACGCGGUGCCUACAAAGUCGCUUGCCAGCGUUGGCACUGCCUACUAA